AUGUCGGUGGGAAGAGACACCUGUCUUCACUGUGGCACACUCAUCCCUGACAACCAGUCCCCCUCUCCACCCUUAAUAGAUUCCACAGACACAGAAUGGACUGAUAUAUUAUUGUCUGUGUUUUCUAAAGAGAAAGUCUACCACAAUGCUGGGAAGGAAAGCUUUUGUGACAGGUGCAAAUCCUCAAUUCUCCAAGUUCACAAGAUUCAGGAGGAAUCAGUAGAUGCAAUAAACAAUUUGGCUGCCUUAGCAAGGACACAGGAUGUAUCAUCAAAUCUCUUAUCACAAAAUGUUGUGUCAUCUGCUGCAAGGGAUGCUGGGCAUGAUUGGUUCUUUGUGAGCUACAACAGCAAGGAAGGUUCACUCCUGUGGAAGGGCUCAAAGAAAGGGUGGAGCUUCAUCAACAGUAACAAAUCCAUUAGCCACUCAUUCUUCCAGUAUUGUACAGAUAAAGAUGAAAAUCAGAUACAGGAAGAUGAUGAUCAAAACGAUAGAGAAGAAGAGGGAAGACUGACAACAAGUGUUGCAAAUUUUCUUGAUGAAUCAGAUGAAAAUUCAGGAGGAAGUCAAGAUUUAUUAUGGAACUGUUGUGUUUGUAAUCUUAAUUACAGAACUAAGAAACUGCUGUUGGAUCACAUUCAGAAAACACACAGCCUCAAGGGAGAAGAUGCUCGAAUUGUGGCAAAAAGGAAAUUUAAUCCAGACUCCACUGAAGUGUCACGGUCAAAAGUUGUAAGAAUGGAGGACAGAGGUGACAAAGAGAGGAGUGAAAAAGAUGACCAAAAGCAUUGGAAAUGUUUAGAAUGUGGAAAAAUUUACAUGUACAAAAGCAAUGUCAAAUGCCAUUUGAAGAAAGAACACAAUAUCAGCUUGACUGAGUCUUCAGAAUACAUAUCUGAGGCAACUUUUGAGGAAGUUUCAAAAGCAUUAGAAAAAGAAAAAGAGAGGUGCCUAUAUAAGUGUAAAAGGUGUGAGAGAGUGUACAGUCUCAAGUCCUCUCUAGUAAGACACUUAAAGACUUACCACCAUAUUGGAAUGAAAAAUGCCUCAAAAUUUAUUGCAAUAAACAAUAUAGUCCCCCAAGAUGAUACAGUAAGUCAUGAGGCUCCAAGUCUAGACCAGACACCUAUUAUCACCGACAUUAGGAAUUAUCCUACAGAAGGAGCAGAGAAAGUGAAAGUAUGGAUAUGCAAAAUUUGUCAAGUUUCAUUUCAAGAUCAGAAAUUAAUUGAGGAGCAUAUGUCUCAAGUCCAUGAAAUGCGGGUCAGCAAAUCCAGAGCUUAUAUGGAGAUUCCAAAGUCAGAGGAUGAUGAAGGUGAUGAAAAUGAUGAUGAAAGUGAUGAAUUGGGACCACCUAAUAUAUUCCAAAGCACAAAGACAGAUGAAGACAAUCCAUGGUAUGGUGAUUCUAGCUCUUUGAAGAUAAGAGUUAAACAAUGGGGGUGCCAAAAAUGUGGAGGUGAAUUUUGUCACAAAAAAGAUGCUCUUAGGCAUCUUCGUAUUCGACAUUAUUUGUCUGAAGAAAAACGGUAUACAUAUUUAAAGAAACUUGAUACAAUUGACAGUAUGCCUGAGUUGGAAAAGGAAACUUCAACACCUCCCAAAAAUGUUAAGAAUUGGCAGUGCACAAAGUGCAGCAACAAGUAUGUCUACAAGCGAGAUGCUUGUCGCCAUAUACUGCUUCACCAUGGAAUUGAGCAUAACAGAGAUAACUUCAUCAUAUACUCAGGGUCACAAGAAAAACGAGAUACAGGGAUGGAUAAGAAUGAUGUCAUCAUUAUAGAAUCCAAUGAUGAGGAGCAGCUCUCUGAGACAGAGGACAUUGUAACUGCGGCAAAUGGAGAGAAAUUCAAAUGGGGAUGUCAAAAGUGCAAAAAGAUCUUCCUUAAAAAAACCAAGGUGGGAGAUCACAUGAGGACGUAUCAUAACUUAUCUCUAGCAGAGUCGGGGGAGAAAGGAAAAAAUAUUUUAGUUCAGAGUCCACUUGGUAAAGGAAUACAGUGGAAAAAGGAUGUUGGUGAAGAAGAUGAGGUACAUGUAGAUGUUGAAAGCACUGAGGGGAAACCUCAGAAGGAGUGGUUUUGUAAAUUGUGUCACAAAAGCUAUUUCCGACAUUCUGAUGGAGCUAGGCAUUGCAGGAAUACACAUAAGGUGACCUAUGAGGAGGGUAAACUUAUGGUUAUGCAUAUUUCAGAAAUGUCUGGAGAUGAAAUGAGUAAGUCAGAGGAAAAAAUUAAUAGAAUGGAAGAGGAAAAGGAGGAAACUAAAAAGGAACAACCUUGGAAAUGUAUAAAAUGCAACAAGCAGUUUCAAUGCAAAACAGAUGUUGAACGACAUCUGACAGAUGAUCAUUUCAUCACUGACCAAGAUCAUGAGUUUUUCAUUGAAAGGAAUAAGAACUAUGCAAGAAAAUGGAAGUGCUGUAAAUGUGGACAAAGAUUUUUUCAUCGUUUUGAUACCUCCAGACAUGUUAAUUUGACACAUGAUAUUGUGUGGGAGAAAACAAAAGACUUUGUACAGUUUCUUGAUGAAGUUGAUUUAAGCUUUGAAGAAGCACAAAAUAAAGAUGAUUCCAAACCAUAUGUGUGUCUGAUUUGUCAAAAACUUUUUUGUGCAAAGAAACCAUUAAUGAGUCAUCUGCAGAAAUUUCACAAAGCUAAGAUUAAUGCUGAUAAUUUCGGAGAGCAUGUGUUAAGUUUUCACAAAAUACAUGCAAGAAACUGGGAUUGCUUAUCAUCUGAAGAUGGUGAAAGUAGAAAAAAUACUGUCCCAUUGUCACUUUUGAGUUCAUACAUGAUGGAUGAAAACCAAGCUAGAGUAGAUGAAUCACUCAAUGUUAAUGACGUAGUUGUUAAGACAUUAAGUUUAGAGGGGCCUUAUUCAGAGGAAAACUGGGCAAAGAUUAUUGGAACCAGCUAUGAAAGUACCUGUAAUAAAUCCACUUCAUACCGACCAAAGAAUGACAUGGAAAAUAAACAGUUUAGCUGCAUGCUUUGUAACCUCAGAUACUACAAAAUGAAGGAAGCCCAGAGACACAUGUUUUUGAAACAUAAGAUAUCUUAUAUAGAAGCUGUUAAUUAUAUCACCGAGAACAAAGAUGUAGUUUUUAAUCAAGAUGCUGAAGGUCUUGGUGAAAGAACCCCCAAACGACGAAAAAUUGGGGAAGGCAACAGUCAUGUUUUCUUCUGUACGCAGUGUAUGAAGUCUGCCAUCCAUUUUCAGUCUAGCCAACUUCAUAUUGUUAAGUACCACAAGGAAAAGAAAGAAAAUAUCCACAAAAAGAUUUGCAGAUCCCAAAAUGUUGAAGUGUUGAAAUUAGGGAAUGAAGACAAGAUGAACUUUGUCUGUGUGAUCUGCUUUGUAACAUUCAGAAGCAGAAUUGAUGGCUUCAAACACAUCGCUAAGGAACACUCAAUGGUGCCUCAAGAUGAAAUAUCUGAGUUCCUGUUUACAAAGGAAGACAAGAUGAAAACAUGUAUUGUUAAGUUUGAAAAAUUGAAUGGAGUCAUCAAAAUUUUUAGUAUAACAACAGAGGACAUCUUAAAUGAUGUGAAAUUUUCAGAGGAGAACAGCAAAGAAGAGGGAUCCGAUUCUGAAGAUGACAAGAAAAAAUCAAUCAAGAUUGAAAAAGAUGAUGGAAGAGAAAUUCGUAUGGAAUAUGAGAAUGUUGAAGACUCUCUAGCAAUCCUUUUAAUGAAUAUGAGUAAUCCAGAGAGUUUUCAGAAAUUUACAUAUGAUGAAUUUUAUUACAUAUUCUCAAUACCUGCUAAAUCACACAAGAAUGUGACUUUAAGUGAAGUUAGCCAUAUUCCAUGUCCAAACUGCCCUAGAGAAUUUGUUGAUCAAUAUGCUCUCCACAAACACUUGCUUUCCUGUUGUGUACCAAGACAGAAUGCCUGGGAAUGUCUAAAUUGCAGGAAAAGUUUUAAAUCUGUUGGAGUUUUGGUAAAACAUAUUCAGAAGAUGUAUGGAAUUCAGGGUACAGAUGUGUUGAAUUUCAUGAGAUCGAGAGAAAUUCUUAUUGCUCCAGAAAACGGUGUGGAAAUUUCAGUGGAUGGCAGGAAUGAUCAGGAUAUUCAUUCUCUUUACCAAUCAAAGACAAGUGAAGAAAACAUGGUAGAAGAAGAUGAAACUGCUGAUGAAUUUGAACUAAGUCUUGAUGAGGGGGACUCAAGGAAACUUUGUUUUGUUUGUGGACAUCAAUGCACAGACAGAAAGAAUUUGUUUAAGCAUUGUGAGGAGGUCCAUUUCAUCACAGGCCACAACAACCGGUUCACAGAAUGUAUGCAAUGUGUGUCAUAUUUCAAAUCAAGAAAAGACAUCAUGGAUCAUCUUCAAAAAGUUCAUGGUGUGAAGUGUCCAAGGCUUCAUGAGAAAAAUCAUAUCUGUGUCAUUUGUGAAGAAAAGUUUAGUGACAAUGUUCAACUUGCUAAACAUGUCAAGACACAUGGGAUCCAGUUUGCUUGCAAGCACUGUAGCAAGAAGUUUGGAAGCUAUUCAAAAAUGGCAACUCAUUUGAAAAUUCACACAGAAAAGUUCACAAAGAAACCUCUGAACUGUACCAUUUGUAAUUUGUCUGUACCAGGAGAAUCCUAUCUUGGACAUUUGAUUGUUCACUAUGAUAGAAAAUAUGGGCCUUGGAAAUGUCUUGUGUGUGAAAAAGACUUUCAUCUGAGAAGAAAUCUGAAAGAACACCUUAAAGGAGAGCAUAAGACUUUUAUCUGUGAAAAAUGUGGCAGAACCUUCAAUUGCAUGUACACAUUCAAGCGGCAUGAGUCGGUGCACAAAAGCCAAAUCAAGUGCACUUUAUGUAGCAAACAGUUUGACACUAAAAUUGAACUGGCUAUACACAGAAGGGUUCACAUCAAGUAUUGGAUUUGUCAUUUCUGUGGAAGAAAUCUCUCCAAUCAAACUUCACUGAACAGCCACUUAAAAGCCCACAGGGAGAAAAGGAUAGUGACCUCAGCUCAAAAGUCUGAAAAGUUCUGUCAGAUCUGCAACAGAUCUUUCAGCAACCAUGAAUUGUAUCAAAAGCACAAGGCCAUUCAUAAAGGAGAUAGACUUCACAGUUGUCAGUACUGUGGAAAGAAGUAUUCCUACAUCGGUUCCUUGAAACUUCAUUAUCGCACCUAUCACCCAGAGCACAAGCCCUAUAGAUGUGUAGUUUGUGGAAAAACCUUUUCCACCUUCCACCAGAGAUUUCUCCACAUGAGAGAACAUAAAGAUUACAAAGAUCCCAUUAGACCAUUUAAAUGCUCUUUCUGUUCUGGAAGAUUCAAACAUAAAAUGAGUCUACAGCGUCACGAAAGACUAAAACAUUUCAAUGAAUCACUGACUGGCUUCAGAUGUGACAAAUGUGACAGAGAGUUUACAAAUGGACAGAGCUUGCUUAGACAUGCAAUGUUUUGUGAGCCAGCUCAGCAUCCUCAACAACCAACUGGAGCAGGUUCCAGUGUCAUAGUGGAGAAUGAAAGUGGAGAACUUGAGGUGGUUGCAGAGGAGACAAUAACAGGUGCCUCCAGUGUACAAUACUCAGUGGUAGAGGAACCUCAAUCUAUGCAGGUUCAUACUAUUAACAUUGGGUCUGAGGUGCUGUCUGUUGCCUGCAGUGACCAGGAGGAACUGAUCCUUGAAGUACCAGAAGGGAUGCUUGUGGAAACGGAUAGUGGGUACCAAAUCAUCGUGUCUGAGGGAAAUUAAACCCUCAGCAUACAUUACUGUUAGUAUCGGUAUAGAAGUAUCUUCACAAUGAGCACUUGGGAUAAACUCAAGUAUCUUUUUUAGCUCUGAUGCACAGGCUCUGAGCUUUUAUGAUCAACAUUUGUCUCAAAAAAUCUUGUUCUGUCCUAGUUUGUAGGUAUUUUUUGAUUCCUUCUCUAGAAUUACCAGGCCAAUUUCAACCAAAUUUUCCACAACGUAUGGUUUGAUAAAGGGGAUUCACUUAAAAUGAAGGGCCAUAGCAUCUCUCCCAAAUGGAUAUAAUCAUAAUGAUUAUUUUUGAAUAAUUAACAAGUACAUGUAGGAAAAAUAAGAUGGAUCAAAGAAAAUGCUAAUUUCAAGAACAAUUGGGUUAGAAAGACAAUGAAAAUUGGAAGCUGGGGAAUUAAAUAUUCUGUAAAAGUAGGAAGUUAAUAUACCUUUUUAAACCCUUUAUUAAUAAGUCAGAUUAAUAUGCAGCAAUUCUCAUGUGUUGUAGAUUCAAAUUUUGACCUCCAUGGUAAGGAAUGAAUGGGAAAAGUCUUUUAAAAACCUUUCUGUCAAAAACAGUAGAUCCACAUUUGGUGAGAUUAAUAUGUAAGCAUGUUCAUGUCGUGUUGACUUAAGUUCUAAAUUUGGCCUUGAUGCUAGAAUGGGCCAAGACAGUGUAACAGAGGAAACCUUUUAAAAUGAAUAAGAGAGGCUUAGUCAAAUUUACAUAAAGCAUCUUUAUUUAUUUAUUUUUUUGAUUAAAGUUAGGUCUGGUGAGCAAUGUGGUACCAGGAUCUCCUUUAGUCAGUAGAUAUUAUAUGAGUCAUUAUUUCAAAGAAAGGUUGAUGUUGAUCUUUAUUUUGAAUGUCAGUUUGAAACACUAUUCCCAUGUAUGCACAAGUAUAUAAACAUGUUAACAUUUAAUAUGAAACAAGAAAUGCCUUCCACUUUUCAUUCUAAUGUUUAUAAGGCUACACAUGCCUAUAAAAUGCUAUUACUUUAUUCAAUGCAUACAUUGCAAAAAAGAAAAAAAAUUAAUAGAGAGAUCAAGGAAAAUUUGUAAAUAUUCCAUAGAUCAAAGUAAAAGAAGUAGCUUAAUUUACCAGGAGAUAAAUUAUUUUGAAAUAGGUAUGACCGUAUAAUAAUUAACAUAGGAGCCUAGGGCAAAGUUCUGGUAUCAUUAUCAUAAAUAUAAAAAUUAAGAAAAAUCAUUUGGUAAAGAGAUCCAUAUAAAUAUUUUUUGAUGAUUUGAUGUAUCUGGAUAGGUCACCAUACAAAUUUUAGAGAUUUUUUUCCCACAAGGGGGGAUAACUCUAAUAACUAACACUUAAUGUUAAUUAAAGGACUUUGUCUGUACAUUUCAUUUAGUUGGUGUUGUUUAUUAUUAGUAUCUUUUAAAACAUUUUCUAAGCAUUAUUAAAGUUAAGUUUAUACUUAAAAUAGCAAAUAUCCCUCUUUUAUGCAAUGAAUACCUUAAUAAGUAUUUCUUUUGAGUCACUUUCAAAAAACAAGUCCAUUUUCUCCUAUU